UUUGUGCAUGCUCUAGCUUCAAAAAAUGGCCAGUCAAAGUAUCCCUUCCAUUUCAACUCCGGAGUACAAGGCGUUUCAGCGAAACUUCCAAAAUAUAAUACUCCAUGUCCAAGGACAGCUUGAUUCCAUCCGUGUUCUCUUGUUUCAGGAAGGCUAUAUCCAUCGUUCUCACUUGGAUGAUAAUAAGCACGAAGCAAGCGAAACUAAAGCUAUACAGCUGAUGAACCUACUUUUAGCGAAAAUUCAAUUGGAUCCUAAAGCUUUUCAUGGAUUUAUUGAGAUUCUUAAGAAUGAACAUGGAAGAGAAUUGGCUCAAUCAUUGCAGGAGUGUUAUGAAUCACAAAAGCGUGAGCUUGAGUUGCAACUACAACCUCUUACGAUGGAAUUUCCAGAAUCACCGUCCACAGAAUUCACAUCUGAGCAAGGUUGUCCUGACGAACCUGAUGAGAGUUUUCCUUAUCUCGAUUUAAGUCAUCUAUCGUCAAAUGAAAAACAUAAACUGAAAAUUCAUCUCCGGCUUGCCACGAAGAAAAUCAUAACGAAAUUUACUGGUUUUGUUGGCAGGCUUAGAAGUUCCCUUGACGAAAGACGUGUUCCCCUGGGUGAUAUUAAAUUUGCCAUUCUAAACCUUGUACCUUAUGGAAGUGACAGUGGUGUUUAUGAAGAGAUAAGAGCCGCAAAAUUAUGUUCCGAUGUAUUUCCUCCUGCUCAUAAGUACAUCUCCUUUUUUAACUACAGCAUUAUUGAAGACUUAGUUGCAAAAUUUGGAUCCUAUGAUGACAAAACAAAAUGGGACGAAUAUAUACGAGAGUUCAAUACUUUCUGCAAGAGGAGUAUCUUCGAAGUGCCACCUAAUGUGUUUUCAAAUUCACCGCCAACAACAGGCAAAAAUUUUUUUGCCAAGUGCGAUGAAAGAUAUGUACCGUUCACUCUAGAGACGGUAUUAACAAUCAAAGGAAUCCUUGAUAGCACAUUCAAUCUGACAUCUAACACCCUCCAAUUGUGCUCCAUCUCAAAAGGUUGCGUCGAAUUGCGAUUCUCCAUUUCUGCAUUAGUUGCUGAUCAUAUUUUUCCGAUAUCUGAUGACCAGUGUAUAGCACUUGGUAACAUUGGGAUCAAAGUUUUCACAGAGAUAAGAGAAAUACCAGAAGAUGAGGUUGUAUCUAAGCCAGUCGUAGACACUGAAGAUCACAUUAAGAGAAGCAGAAAGAUCAAAGCAGCUGUCGAAACUCCUGAAAGCUUGAAGAAGAGCAUCAAGUGGAGUAACCAUCAUGGCGCCACAAGCAAUGGUGCAACAGGUGACAGAGAUGUCCUUAUUAUAGUAUCCAAGGUUGUUCCCACCAAACAAAAUCCUCACAUUGUCCCGAGGAAGCCCAAAGAUUCACUCUCUGAGGGAGAAAAGAAAAAACUGAAGGAGCAAGGAAUUCUAAACAAACAUCAUGAUUCUGAUCUUUCUGUCAUGAUGGAAAGGUACAGAUUAGACCCAGAUAGUUCCACACCAAUAGUACUAGCCUACGAAAAGAACACUCCAUCACGUCAAGAAGUAAUAGAGAAAGUGAUCGAUCUCAUGAAAAAUACUAACAAAUCAGGAAUUGUGCUCCACUACAUUGGCCCUGGUGAUGCUGGAACGGGUGACUGGUGUUUGAAGGAUGGACUCAUUGAAUUCAGAGAGAUAAUGGAGCUCUACACCCAAUACUUCAAAGGACGUGUUCUCACCAUAAUCAGCGACUGUAGCCACUCUGGGCGUUGGGUAAAAGAGGCUAUGAAGUUCAUGGAUGAGCACGGAGUGGGACCUUGUGGACACGCAGCCAAGCAGAAGGACAUCUUCAUCAAAGUGUACACAUCUUGCCAACCUGAAGAGAUUCCCACUGAGUUUGCGUUCUCUACACAUUGUGCGGUUACUAACAAAAAGGCCGGCAAUAUGAUCUACAGAGUUCAUCUCCAAAGUCUACUCCAAAGUCUAAUUCCCUAUAACUAUCAGCAAGACCCCAGUGGAUUGGAUCUCACUGGAAUUCGCUGCGAUAACAAUAUUUUCCAGUCUUGCACGGUAACCGAAGAUUCUAACUGGGAAAAAUGGAGUAAUGGCGAGCGGAUAUACAUGAUUAAAACCAAAGAUCAAGGCAUAGAAGUUUGUUGUUAUAUAGUUGUUGACAAUCAAAAACACGAUUCGUUUAUGGAUGCUAUGGAAAAUGGUGGCAUGGAGACAAUGGCGGAUGUGCAUGACUACGGGCACAUCAAACUAUCAGUGGAAGGUAAAAAUCCUCCAAUUGAAAUAUCUAAGUACAUUGCUAAGAACUACAGUCGAUAUUACAAUUGUGGACACUUAUAAAAUUAAUGAUUGUGCAUGCUAACUUUUUGUGUACAGUACUCUACAUACUUUUAUAGUUUAGUAUUAGUAUCUGUCUUCAUUACAGCAUGUGCACACAUUUUCUACCUUUCUAAGUUUUUACCACGUUAUAUUCAAUGACAUCUGCACAAAAAAUUUUAACUUGACAAUAA